GACCCAGCAGUGUCCUCUGUCCACUGCUCUGGGCCACUUCCCACCCCACACCCACCUUCAGCCCCAAACUCAGGAUUCGGGACCCGGGGCCCCACCCCCACCCCAGCUAAUCUCUUCUGGACCAGGACAGCUGACCCAGAUCUCACUACCUCCAUGAGGGCUACAGACAGGAUGGGGGCCAGAGCUGUGCUGGGUCUGCGGCUGGCACUGUUAUUAGUGCUGGUGCUAGGGACACCCAAGUCAGGGGUACAGGGGGAGGAAGGGCUGGACUUCCCUCAGUACGAUGGUGUGGACCGUGUGAUCAAUGUCAAUGCAAAGAACUACAAGAACGUGUUCAAGAAGUAUGAGGUGCUGGCACUCCUUUACCACGACCCCCCCGAGGAUGACAAGGCCUCACAGAGACAAUUUGAGAUGGAGGAGCUGAUCCUGGAGUUAGCAGCCCAAGUCCUAGAAGACAAGGGUGUUGGCUUUGGGCUGGUGGACUCUGAGAAGGACGCAGCUGUGGCCAAGAAACUAGGACUAACUGAGGAGGACAGCGUUUACGUGUUCAAGGGAGAUGAAGUCAUCGAGUACGACGGCGAGUUUUCUGCUGACACCCUGGUGGAGUUUCUGCUUGAUGUCCUAGAGGACCCUGUGGAAUUGAUUGAAGGUGAACGAGAACUGCAGGCCUUUGAGAAUAUUGAGGAUGAGAACAAACUCAUUGGCUACUUCAAGAGCAAAGACUCAGAGCAUUACAAAGCCUACGAGGACGCGGCCGAGGAGUUCCAUCCCUACAUCCCCUUCUUCGCCACCUUCGACAGCAAGGUGGCAAAGAAGCUGACCCUGAAGCUGAACGAGAUCGAUUUCUAUGAGGCCUUCAUGGAAGAGCCUGUGACCAUCCCAGACAAGCCCAAUAGUGAAGAGGAGAUUGUCAACUUUGUGGAGGAGCACAGGAGGUCAACCCUGAGGAAACUGAAGCCUGAGAGUAUGUAUGAGACCUGGGAGGAUGAUCUGGAUGGAAUCCACAUUGUGGCCUUUGCAGAGGAAGAUGAUCCUGAUGGCUACGAGUUCUUAGAGAUUCUCAAGUCUGUGGCCCAAGAUAACACUGAAAAUCCUGAUCUUAGUAUCAUCUGGAUCGACCCUGAUGAUUUCCCCCUGCUAGUCCCAUACUGGGAGAAGACGUUUGACAUUGACUUGUCAGCCCCACAAAUAGGAGUCGUCAAUGUUACUGAUGCGGAUAGCAUAUGGAUGGAGAUGGACGAUGAGGAAGACCUCCCUUCUGCUGAGGAACUAGAGGACUGGUUGGAGGAUGUACUGUCAGGCGAGAUCAACACAGAGGACGAUGACGACGAUGACGAUGAUGACGACGAUGAUGAUUAGUUGCUGUGACAACCAUCUUCCAGCCCCACCUGCGCUCCUCACGUUCCCUCCCACCUUCCCUGUCCUUCCCCAAGCUCCUCCAGGGACACUAGGUCAUUCUCUGCCACAGGGCCAGCUGGGGUCCAUAUGCUGGGUGCUGAGACCCUAAUCCCCAUCAUCUGAUGAGCUACUUUUCCCUGCUUGCUCAUCUGACUUGUUUCUUAUCCCAUAACUUACCUGUGUCUCUUAUUCGUUUCUUCCGUCAUUUUCCCCAUACUCUUCUUGUGAUUCUCCUCUUGCUUUAUCUAUGGGCCCCAUCUCUCUUCUAUUCCCUCCAUCUGUGCGCAGCCUUCCCUCACUCUGUCAAAUCCUAUAUCCUUCUGACCAUCCUGUCCCUGGCCAAGAGGAAGGGAGGGUACUGUGUUUGGGGCUGUGUCUCAGCAAUCUCUCAUUAAUGUAUUUGGGUCAAACGAGAGGCCUCAAUAAAUAUGUCUGGGGCAGCAUGA